AUGUUGCUUGAGAAACGUUUUCAAGAAUGUACUCAUAACUCAAGUUGCACAGAUCGUAGAAUUUAUCCUAACCUUAUUUGUAACAUUCUCCUUUUUAUUAAAAAAAAAAUGUUAAUAGAUUACACUUUACCUAAUACUCCCAGUAAUGAUAAAAAAAAUGUUGAUGUUACACAAAAAAAAAAUCGAAUUUUAUCAGCUUUAGAGAAACGUAACAAUAUCAGAAAAAAAGUUCUUGAAGAGGAGCAUUUAAAGAAAUCCAAAAUAUUCGAAACAAUUGAUAUUGUGGAAACAACUAAAAAAUUUCUUGGAGAGGAUUUAAACUUUCCAAUAUCUACAACAGUAUCAUUAUCAGAGUCGUUAGGUAGCAUUACAAUUAUGAAUAAUACUGCAUUAUCUAUUAAAUCAAAAACCACUGAAACAAAAGAAGAUAUUGAGAAACGUACACAAUUAGCUUUUGUUUCAUGGAUCAAUCAAUUAUGUGGUGUAGAUAAAGAAUGUUGUACAGACAUGGAAUCAUUUACUGAAAGAGCACGGCUUAAAGCAGAUGAAAUACUUAGAACAUCUCUUUCAAAUCAAAGAAUACCUCAAGAACCAUUGUCUAAUUUUAGAGAUUCUCCUGUUGGUUUGUCUAAAAAAGCAACUCAAUGGACAAUUACAUUGUCAAAAGCUAAAGAAAGUUUGAAGGAUUGUGUUUUUUUGAGUCAAAUUCAAGAUAUAGUAGGUGGAGCUAACCAAAUUUGUUCCACUAACUUAGUCCCAUCUUCUGAUGUUGGUUUGAAGAAUAGUGUUAUUGAAGUACUUUUUAAUUAUAAUUCUACAUGGCUACGCUUAGCUAUAGAGUGUAUAUUUGAUACUGAAUUGACUAUUCCUAAUAAUGGUUCUUUACGAAAAGUAAUAACAUCAUAUCUAUCUAAAAAUUUUUUUUCUAAUCCUAAAAUAUUGAAAUCAAAGAGAUUGUUUUCUGAUGGUAAAAAUUAUGUCACACCAUCAGAGAUAAAAAAACUGCAACGUCAUUUUAUAACUAAAUUUAUUCAAAUAAUAGCAGUUAUUGAGUAUUUUCAAACAAUAGAUUUAAUUAUACCUCGGAAUCCACCAAUGUUUGAGGCUAAAUCUAUAUUUUGUACCUCAAAAGAUGUAAUAACAUGGCUAAGAAAAACGAUAAUUUCUGUAAAAUUUAAUUUAACAAAAGCUUUAGAAAAAAUUGGCCUUUCAUUUUGUUAUGAACAAAAAUUUUAUGAUACUUAUGUUUUUGUUGUUAAAGAUUUAUCAACAGAUCUUUGUGAUGGGAUUAUUUUGGCAAAGGUUAUUGAAACAAUUCUUAAGAUUACAGAUAAUUCACUUAUUUCAUCAUUGCGACAACCCAGAGGUGAUAGGAUUAAAAAACUUGGAAAUGUAAGGGAUGUUUUAGAAUUUGCCAGAAAUCAUAAUCUUGAUAUUGGAAAUAUCAAAGCUGAAGAUAUUGUUCAGGGAAAUAUUACUCGUAUUAUUGAAAUGUUGUGGAAAAUUGUUGGAGUUUUUGAAGCACAAAAAGAUGAAUAUGUCAUAAUUCGUCAAUUUUCUAAAAAGAUUGAAAAACUUUCAUCACAUCUAGAUAAUCCUUGUUUAUCAAUUCCUAAUUAUUUAAAUGGAUUUGAUAUAGUAAUUCAUCUUUGUAAACAAUUUGCAUUACUAAAAGGAUUAGAAAUACCAAAAAAUAUUGAAGACUUUACUGAUGGAUGUUUAUUAUAUAAUAUUUAUGAUUAUUUUUGUUCAAAAUAUGAAAGAAUACCUAGUUGUAAAAUUAAUGGAACAACUUUGUUAAAAAAAGUUUUCAAUAUCGGAUAUAUGAAACUUGGAAUUCCAAGUGAUUUAACUAAUUAUGCAAUGAUUUCUCUUAAGAAAUACAAAACUUUUAAAAUUUUUAUAAAACUUUUUAUAGAAAAAUGUUUUGUUAUUAUGGAAUGUAAUGAAUCUGCACUUAUUAUAACAAGAGUUAUUCGAAGAAUUGGAUUGAUAAAACAUAAUCGUUUAAUUAAUUUAAAAGAGUACUCGUUAAAAUGGUAUGAGGAACAUAAAAAAAAUCAAAUAAUAAGAAAUAAUUGUGCUAUAAAGAUUCAAUCAUUGUAUAAGGGAUAUAUUAUACGUAAGAAACUUAAUAAAAAAAUUAUUGAAAGGAAAGAUAAAAUAAAUAAAAUGAAAAAGGAGGUGAUUGAUAAUAAUAUUUGUGAUAUUCAUGAUUUAAGUAUCUCUCUUGUUGAUCGUUUUAACAAAAUAUGUGAAGUUUUAAUGUCAAUGAAAAAAAAUGAGUGUAAAAAAGUUUUUCAACAAUUAGUUCGCCUUCUACAUCUAUCAACGUGUUUAGGUUUAUAUUUUGUUAAAAAUGAUGGUCAUAAAUUUCUUUGUUUAACUAUCAAUAGUUUAAGAAAAGAUAAUUGUGAAGAAGAAAUUUAUUUAUUAUUUGGUGAAAUAAUUUAUCUUUUAUUAUCAGAUAAAUUAUGUUAUAAAUAUAUGAAAGAUGAUAUAAAAAAUAUAGUUGAUGUUAUAUGGAAUAAUAUUUAUGAUUGUAUUGAUCAUGUGAAUGCCGUUCAAAAAUUUGGAAAUUGUAUGUUACUUUUAGGAGAUAGAGAAGAUGCAGAACAAUGCUGUGGAAAUUCUUUGUUUUAUAUAAGAGAAAUGAUGAAAAAAUUGCCACCUUUAUUAUCUGAUGAAAUCUGUCACAUGGAAUGUAAUAAUGAUAAAAAUGUUUCAAAAGAUUGUAAAAUUUAUAGAAUGGUUAGAAGGCUACAUUCAUCUUUUUGCUAA